AUGGAUAUGUUGGCAACCCCUAUCCAAACCGAUGGCGCCACCCAAUGGUCAAGAGCUCUACAUGACAACGAGGGCUCACAGCCAGAGCUCGUAGCCUCAGCACGCAGGCAAGAAAUAGGGAAGCGACAGCAAAGACACCGGGAGCACUCCACAUCAACCGCUGCCAUGUCGUACGGAGGGGCCAAUGGUAUCAGCAACAUAGAGCCGCAAGGAGGCGUGUCAUACGGCGAGUAUGGUUCAGAUACGGUACAGCACCAGCUUGACAUGAUAGGGAGUCCUCACACUGCAGACGACCAGAUCUCCACGGGCUUCCUCGACUUUUUGUCAUCCGACUCCGUGCUGUUCAAUUUCGAUGUGCCCUCUGGUCAUAACAGCCCAAGGACCCAUCUGAGUACCCAGUCAUCCGAUCGUGCUGGCAAUAUUCCAGCAGAGCGUUUCAGCCAGGUGGCGCGGCUUUGGCCGAUCAGGACAGCUGAGAACUCUGCACAUAUGACUCGAUUCAGUUUAUGGUCUGAAGUAAUUGAAUUCGCUGGAGAUAAUAUCUGUACGGAUCCAUCUAACUCCAAAACAUCUCCCUCACUUUCGAUUGGGGAUCAAGACGAAUCCAAGUGGGGUCUGGAUGAAGACAAACGACUGCUUUUAAUGCAAGAGCCCAUGGCAAUUGGCAUCGAUAAUCAGACUGGCAUGCUCGAUAACAGGCCGAUGAACUCGGAUUUUCCGACUACGCGGCUACUAAAUAUAGCAUUAGAUUCAGCAUUUCGGCAGCCGCAGUCUGUCUUGGUAUUUAUACAUCGAGCCACAUUCUCUGCCAAGACUGCGUCAAACUCAAUCAUUUUUCCUCUCUGCUUGCUAGGGCUGGCGACGCUCGAUUCACGGGCAGCCAAGGAGCAUACACUUGCCUACUUACCGAUGGCGACAGAGCAAUGUUGCACUCAAUUGGCACAUUUCCAAUCUCAAGCAGGAAAUUCCCUGGAGCUUAUCACUAGGCUGAUCUCAGCCACGCUGCUCCUAGCUACUUGGUCGAUGAUCCCUUUGAAUGCAUCACGUGAGGAAACACUGGUUCAGAUGCUACACAUGCAAGUCAUGUUGCGCGCCAAGAAUGCUGGUCUAUUACUACCGCCACAAACUGGAUGCUUAUCACUAUCUCAGGGGCUUCUUGAGAAAAUCCAGGGACGCGCACAAUCACGAUCCGAUGAUGUUCCAAGCGACGAUGGCCUAUGGAAAGCCUGGGCUCGAGUCGAAAGCGUUAAACGCUUGGUUUCCGUGCUGACUGUGAUGGAUGCAUGGUGGUCACACAACAUGAGCUCAAGACCACAACUCUCAUCCAAUUAUGUAGGACUAGAAAUGCCGGGCUCAACCAGCCUCUUCCGCUGUACAUCCGCCAGGACAUGGAGACGUCUCAUUGACGAGGAGACUAAGAUCUUCAACGACUGCGCACUCAUUCAACAUUAUCCUCUGUUGAUACAACUACCAGGCAUGGAUGAUCCAUCACCAAUCAGUGUUGUCGGGCUCCUUUCUACUGUUUGGAUCCGCAUCAAUGAAAUCUGCCUCUCGAUGCCAGUAUAUGCGCAGCCACAAAACCAUUCCUCAGUCAUGCCCCAGAGGAUUGUUGCGUAUGAGGAACAGGGAAAACAGCUGGGAUACAUUCUUUACGAGAUCCACACAAAGUACACUUCGUUUCUGCAGCUUAAAAAUCCGAAUUGCCUUGUUUUGUGGCACUUUCUCAACCUUCAUCUAUUCUGUCAAGUCUCCAUCUUUGAGUUGGCAGCGGGUCACAGUGGUGCCGAGAGCGCGCGCACCGCUCUGCAAGAAAUCGCAGCCUGGUGUCACAAACCAGAGGCACGGCGUGCCUGUCUUCACGCUGCUGGCAUCUAUACUGCCAUGAGUCGCCUGCGCAUCAAGGAUGGGACCAUGUUUCACUCUGAGGCCUCGCUAUUUACGGCAGCUCUGGUCCUCGGCCUAUACGUAUUCAUGAUGCAGCCGGAAACAGACUCACAACACGGUAGUGACUGCGCUACGCCUGAGACCAAUAGCAGCCAGAGAGUUGAACCCUACGAAUUUCUCAACGAUGUCGACUGGUCAACUUUGCGCGGUGGCCGACUAGGAUUGGGUGAGCCGUUACUGCCAUCGUCCUCGUCACCGGCGGUUGUCGAGUUUCCCGUUCCUGUUGGUGGUGAUGAACCAUCGAGAGCCGCGCGGCAAUUCAUUAGAAACGGUGGCCCAGUGAGCUUCUCCGGUUUCAUCUGUGCGGGUGGAUAUCAAUCUGCAAAAAUGGUGCUUCACGAGUUUGCGAGCUUGCUGGAGGGGAUUGGCAAGUGGAAGGCAAAGCGUUAUUGUUACAUACUCAAAAUCAUGAGCGACACUUUGCUUGAUAUUGAUGACAGGUAA